GUGUCAGAACCCUGCUACUAGAGCCUGGAUGUGGCUCUGAGUUUCAGGGUCACUGACAUUGAUAAGACACCUGCGUCCCAGGACUCGGAGGAGAAACGGCUGAUGGACUUGGCGGGGAAUUUGCGCGGGGUUUUACUGAGCGGGAAGAGACUGUUCAAAUGAGGGGGAGGGUAUAUAAAGGAGGGUUGGCCGGAGCCUCCCAUUCUUGGCUUUUCUGAUGUUCAUGUUUCCUACAGUAAAAGUUCCUGGUGAUACCACAGAGAGUCUCGUGUGUUCAUUCAGGAGCGGCUGUGGUGAGCUGACACUAAGCCAAGAAUACGGACACCAUCCCGCUGUAGCGGUGAGGUGUAACAUGCAAGUGGAGGAUGAAGAGCUCUUGGGCGCCGGAGGAGGAAGGUCGGAAAGGGCCACUCCCGAGACGGACGCUGAGUUCCACCAGCUGGCGGCCCUGGCGUCAUCCACCGCUUAUGCCCAGCCAAAUGGGGUAACCCAGAGGCGCGGAGUGGUGCGGGGAGAUAGCACCGGAGGAGAGGAAGGUUCACCUUCCCCAGGCCCGCAAAAGAUGGUGUUUCUGGAGGAGAGGAUGUCGGCGAUGGAGACCACCCUGGCAGUGAUGUCGAGGGCGAUGGAGCGCCUGGCGGUUUUGGCGGAGCCGGAGCGAGGAAGGGAACUCCGGGCUAGCUCAAUGUGGGACGUGAGCAUGGGAAGCAGCCAGGGCUUUGCAGACCUCCCAGCACCGAAGGGAAGGGAAAUGCGAAAGGAGCCCGGUGCCCGGCCCAAGAUCCAAACGAGCCUGACGCGGGUGGAGGAGAGUGACGACGAAGGGGAAAAGCCUCCGAGAAUCCCGGCUACGCUCCCAACUGAGACCCUGGUGCCCCUGGCGAAUGCCGGGCGUGGCACAGGACAAAGGGAAGCAGCAGCGGGGCCCACUGGCCCGCAAGGGGGCUUGCGACGGGCGGAGAAUUGGGGAUUGCCACCACAGGGACCCCUACCGAGACGAGAGGAACUAAGGAUCGAGUUUGGGGGAGAGUCCUCUGAACUGGAUUUUUUCCUGACCACGGUGAGGGGCUAUAUGGAGGACAAUGCCCACACUUUUAGAACGGAAUCCAGCCGGGUACGGGCCAUUGGUGCAGUGUUGAAGAGGGGAGCGGCCAGCUGGUACGUUCAACUACACGCGCGGCGCGACCCAUGUCUGGGGUCACUCCGACGCUUUAUGGGGGCCCUGGAGACCCGUUUCCGAGAUCCACUGGAGCAGAUCCGGGCGAGGGAGGAGUUGAAGACCGUCUCCCAGGGGCAGAGGUCGGUAUCUGAGUAUGCGGAGGAGUUCCAAUGCCUCGCUGAAAAGGUGCCGGAAUGGUCUGCAGUGACAAAGAUAGAACUCUUCAAAGAGGGGCUCAGGCGGGAGAUCCUCUCCUGGGCGGUGCAUCGUGAUGAGCCUGACACACUGCGCGGAUGGAUUCAGCUGGCGGGGCGCAUCGAGACAUCGCUGGCCCAGGCGAGGAGGCACCGAGGAGGGCUACAGCAGCGGCCGCAGAUGAAAGAGGGGAGCCGGAAGGAGGGAUCAACCCCAGCCGGGAGGAGAACGGAGCCGACAGGGAACGUGAGCACCAGCAGGAGGGGCUGCUUCGUGUGCGGCCGUUUGGGCCACAGGGCUGCCGAGUGCUGGCAGAGAAAAGGGGAAGGCGGAGGCCCGCCCAAACCAAGAGCCGUGGCAGGGAAACGCGCCGAGGAAGAACCACCGAUGAGGCACCACUCGGGGGGGUUGGACGAAGGGGAGGAGGACGCCAUGUCAGAACCCUGCUACUAGAGCCUGGAUGUGGCUCUGAGUUUCAGGGUCACUGACAUUGAUAAGACACCUGCGUCCCAGGACUCGGAGGAGAAACGGCUGAUGGACUUGGCGGGGAAUUUGCGCGGGGUUUUACUGAGCGGGAAGAGACUGUUCAAAUGAGGGGGAGGGUAUAUAAAGGAGGGUUGGCCGGAGCCUCCCAUUCUUGGCUUUUCUGAUGUUCAUGUUUCCUACAGUAAAAGUUCCUGGUGAUA